UCUCAGACACCUCUGCUGGCGCCCUCUCCCGUCCCAGCCACCAGCCCCCGCCUCCUUUCUCAGGAAGCUCCCAGGGAGCGGGUCUGCCCUUGGGGGAGGCCUCUCGGCUCAGUGCCCUGCAGUUCGGCUGACACUGGGGCGGACCGCAGAGGGGCUGGGUGCCCCUCGCCUGCUCCAGUGAUUGCUCCAGUGUUAGCCCAGGCAGGAAGCAGAGCCUCGGCGGACGAGCUCGGCAAGAGCGGGAGGCAGGCGCCCUGGUCGGCCGCGGCGGAGCUGAAGCCUCCAACAGGAACCGGUGUGUCUCUGUGCCAAAUGCUCUGUGCCCACUGACUGAAGCUGCACCCCACACCUUAGCUCGGCCAGGAGGCAGCAGGCAGCUCCAUCCCCGGGCCAGACCUGCAGGGGGCGCUGCACGCGAACUUGGCUGCGGGCUAGGCCUUGCUAUCCGGAGGCGGCGGCGGCAUGGACUUCGUCAUGAAGCAGGCCCUGGGAGGGGCCACCAAGGACAUGGGCAAGAUGCUGGGGGGCGAGGAGGAGAAGGACCCCGACGCGCAGAAGAAGGAGGAGGAGCGGCAGGAGGCGCUGCGGCAGCAGGAGGAGGAGCGCAGGGCCAAGCACGCGCGCAUGGAGGCCGAGCGCGAGAAGGUCCGCCAGCAGAUCCGGGACAAGUACGGGCUGAAAAAGAAGGAGGAGAAGGAGGCUGAGGAGAAGGCAGCCUUGGAGCAGCCCUGCGAGGGCAGCCUGACCCGGCCCAAGAAGGCCAUCCCGGCUGGCUGCGGGGACGAGGAGGAGGAGGAGGAGGAGAGCAUCCUGGACACCGUGCUCAAGUACCUGCCCGGGCCGCUGCAAGACAUGUUCAAGAAGUAGCCUACCAGCCUGCCCCUCCCCGCCUCCCCUGGUUCUUUUUUCUUUUCUUUUUUCUUUCUUUCUCUCUCUCUUUGGUUCUUUCUUUUCUUUCUGUUCAGUUGAGUCUCGGUUCUGAAGGGGAAAACCUCAAUUGGUCUCUGUCCCCUUCCUCCACUUCCCUAGCCGGGGGCUCCUCCCCAUCAGCACACCCUCACAACCCCACCACCCUGCCCCCUCUCUUCACCUCAGAGUAUCUUAAAGAAGGGGAGACAGCUUUCCCCUAGCAGGGGGCUUGAACCCAGUGUCAAGAGCACUGCCCCCACCCCCGUCGAGAAGCCUAAGGUCUGUGCUAGAGUGCUGACCCCAUGCAUUCCUUCAUGCACCCCACUGCCACGAGGACCACUGCCCCAGCCAGCCAAAGUGAGGACACAUUCCAGCCCUGCCCAGCAUGCUGACCUCUGGCCUCUGACCCCACCCCCCACCAGGUCACAGUAAGAGCACUGAGUGGCUCUGAGGCAGGUCUGUUGGGGGGGGGGAGUCCCUCCCAUAUUCUGGCCAGGUCUGGGUUCAGGCAGGAGGCUGGAGCUCUACUUUUUCCCUCCUUCUAUGCCUCUCAGCCCAGAAGCACCCCACCUCAAGCCCCUGUCCCCCAAAGAGGCAUGGCCCCUGCCAAGCCAGUCCCUCCAAACGGAUCCUCUGGACUUCAGCUCAUCUGUGGAGGGGCCCCAGGGUAGGGCAGCCCCGCGUUCCCCACCACCCCACUUCAGCCCAGGGGCCCCACUGCCAGGCUGGGCUCAGUCAGCCCAGCCAAGGGGCUGCCCAGGUCCCCCCAGAAACACUUGGAGCCAUUGAGCAGUGACGGUCCAUGCCAUGGGAUCCCCCCAUUGGUGCAGCCAAGCUGCCCCCAUUCCUCACCAUCCUCCUCCCUGCCCCCAACCCCAUCCACGUGCUUCCAGGACCCCACGGUCCCCAAGAGGACCUUCCCGACCAAAGUCCCAGGCCUAUGGGGCGGCGGCCACCCCCCACCUGUCAGCAGGUUCCUGCCUGCUGUCUCCCUGGUCAAGAGCAACCUCUCCUGGGGGGCUGUGCUCCCCACACCCCCUCCCCCCAGGCCAGGCCUCCUGCUCUGUCAGCUGUGUGAGAUGGGGGGGCAGCUGAGAGGAAAGUGUGUGGCAGGGGCUGCACGCCCAGGGGUCUGCAGAUUGUGUGUGUGUGCAUGUGCGUGUGCAUGUGUGUACACACUCGAGUUGGUUUGGGGUGGUGUCCAAGGGCAGGCAUGGCAUCCAGAAUGGCUCAGUGUCACAAGCCCAGGGUGCUCACCAGACCUUGGAAGAGUCAAGUUGAGAGAGUUGUCAUGUGUGCUGUGAGUUCCGUGUGCAAGCAUGAAGGUUUGAGGAGGCAGCCGUGUGCAGGGACAGGUGAGUGGAGAGACAGAACAGGGCUAAGACACCCCCUCUGGACCCCCAGACCAUGGGUCCCAGGGGAGUCACAUCCCCCAGGAGACCUUGAGCUUGGCCUGGAAUCCCCCCCACCCUCGGGGGCUCCUGCCUGUUGUCCUUAAAAGUCCCCGGGGACAGAAACAGGCAGGGCCCCCAACAAGCCAUGCUGGGCCCCCAUCAGGGCCCCCCCUCAAAGCAGGGGACCGGGGGAGGGGAUGACUUUCUGCCCUCCCCCUCAGCCCCCGUCCACAUUCCCCAAGUUUUCCAUUUUAGUGGAUUUAUGCUUUUUCCUUUCCGAGAGAGACACGGUCUCCUCUGUCCGUCCCUAAUAGUUCAAGCCAUAACAGUUAGAUUGCAAUACUUCAAUGACGAGACAGAACAAUCCGUGUCUAGCGAACCAGAAACGUCCCCGGUCUGUCCCUUCCCCAGGGGAGCCAGGCCUCGUUGGCCCCAGGCCCCCCACCCCCGCUCCUUCCCCUGUGUCUUGCCUCCUGGGGGCCUGUGUCCCCAUCUGUGCCCGUGUCUGUGCCGGGGUGCCGCCUCAUGCCCCUCUUGUCCGCCUGUCUGUGUGUCUUUUAUCGUGGGCAGGAUGGUCAGCCCCACUAGCCCGGGACCCAGGGCAGAGCCAGGCAGGGCCACCCCACAUCCCAGAGAGCCUGGUCUGGACAUAGGGGUGGGUCCUGGAUACCCAGAACCCCCUGGUGGGCUCAGAGACUUGGAAGGGGGUGCCGGGCAGAGACAGCGGCAGGUGGGCAGAGGCACCAUAUGAGAGACUUCCAAGAGGGUGGGACCCCAGCCCCUCAGCAGACAUCUCUGGUGCUCUCUGUAGCCCCUCUGCAUCCCCAGAAUGAGCUCAAGACCUUUGCCAUAUGCAAGUUCCCCCCCACCACCACCACCCCCCCACAUACAGGGUGACUGACUUGCUCCUGAAUAGCAGGACUGGAGGGCUUCCUGGAGGAGGAGGUCAGCCUGGGGUGGAUCUCAGGUCCAGGAGGACAUGAGGGCACACCCACGGGGAGAAGCUACUAUGUGGCCUGGAGAGAGGGUUGCGGUACACCCACGUAGCCCCAGGAUGAAAGCACCCGAGCAGUCAGGGCCGCAUCACACCCCAGGGUGGCUCAGUGGACGGGUGUGUCCCACACAAAGGAGACAGUGCCACUGGACAUUUUGGGGGCCAGUCAGUGUCACAGCUGAAGACCCGGGGUCUGUCUCUCAUCUUUCUCUUCUCUGGCUCUGCCCAGAGGUCAGGAUUUUCAAAACCAGGCAACCCCCCACCCCUACCCAGAAUCUGAUGGAAGGCAUCUUGAGAGCACACCGUGAUCCCCCCUUCACUUACCCACCAGACACAAGUAGGAAGAGCCCCUGGGGGGGCAGAGAAGGGAGGAGACAGAACAACAACCCCCCUUCCAAAUGCAGCCACUGGGCCAGUGGUCACCCCAAAGGCUGUAGCAAGGGUGAAAUGGAGUGGACCCCCAACCCCAAGGGUCUGUGGCCCCCACCAGUCAGUCGCCCACCCCCAGCACCCCUUUUCCUAAAGUCAUGCAAACCCCUAGUGCACCAGGGAUGUCCCCGGGGGGCUGCUCUGGGUCUCCCCCAUGUCCCCUGCUUCAGCCCCCAUUCCUGUGGCCUGUCCUCUGCACUGGAGAGAGAAGGGGUGGGGGGGUCCUGGUGACCCCCCCCAGGGGACGGCCAUCCUGCCCGCGGGGUCCCCAGCCCACAUCUGUGCUGUGUCCGUGUUGCUCUGCUUCCUCUAAAUGUGUCAGUGCCUGGGGGGAGGGGUGGGGUGUCCCCCCCACGCCCCCCGAAACCUGACCAAAAGCCAUGGCUGUCGCUCCCCUUUGUAUGAUGCAGAUGCUACGAUGUACCAAACCAACCACAACGACCAAGAGAAGACCUUGUACAGCA